AUGGAUGAUCUUUUAGAAGAGCUUUUCACAUCCCUUGACAACACAGUAAACAACCCACAACCAUUCACCGAUUGGUUAGAGGAAUUACGCCGCCAGGUUGGCGAAGAAUGUACUGCUUCUACAGCAGAUGUUGUACCGUCCGCCCGUUUAACUCCAGAUGCUGGAGAUCCUGACACCGACUAUCGUUGGCUGGACGAAUGGUGCCAGGAAGUGAAUGAAGCAAACCGUCAGGAACUUGAACGUACAGCUUCUACAGCAGUUGUUGUACCGUCCGCCACUUUAAAUGGGGAUGCUGAAGAACCUGACACCGACUAUCGUUGGCUGGACGAAUGGUGUAAGGAAGUCAAUGGGGCAAACCUUCAGGAAUUAGUUGAUUUCUCUACUACUAAUUGCGACAUUUUGGGAACGUACAACGCCACGAACGAUGGGUUUUUGGCGGCGGCAGGAAGCAACGAUACUGAGUUUUUUCAGCAGGACGUCAGCGUUUUGGAAUCCAUGCAUGAACUGGAACCCAUGGUUCUGGAUGAACCACUCGCUGGGAGCAGCGCGCAGGAAAUCUGGCCUACGACACACCGCCGACCAUCACUAUCGUCGACCAAGGGACUGCCCCAGGAACUGGGUAGCCGAAGCGGUCGCCAUGGCUUUCCUACAACCACCAACACCUGUGUGGAAGCGCACUAA